GGACUGACAACUCAUGGGGCCCCCGGGCAAUAGAGGAUCAUGGGGCCCCUGUGUCCUUGCCCAAACUCAAAAAGCCUAUGAAAAAGGUACCAGGGGCAUUUCAUGGGGCCCCCUACUGACCCUGGGUCCUCGGGCAGUGCCAGAGUGCUCGAAUGGUCAGUCCGCCCCUGCUAAUGCCUGUUUUGCAUUGAGCCUUCGCUUAGAAUUAUGAACAUGCCCAUGAAUAUGAGCAUGUAACAGUCUUCUUGUUCCAACACGUACUGAGUAUUCAUUAUUUUUAUACUGUGAC